GAUCAGCGCUUUACUCUGCCCCUCGUUGGGCGCCUGCCAAAGUAAUAUUCUCUAUCGCCGAAGAAGUGUGCCGAGUCCGGAGUCAAAUUAAUUGUGUUUGCCCAGGCUUCCGCAGCUUCCCUUCAACGCGAAAGACGUUCGUCAUUGGCCGAUUCACUCGCGCCCUCAUCAACCGCGACAAGGCCCGACAUCGUCUCGAGUAUUUUCUACCCAGUCAAAUAACCCCCAACCAAAAGAGGGAGUAGUACUACACUGCCCUCCAACAGCCAUUCAUUUAUCACCGCGUGGUGCCUAUUCAAACCCCCACAAUAUCGUCAUCUUCUCAGGUCUUCUCCAACAUUCGCCCCCACAACUUCGCGGCGUCAUCCAUUAAUACCUGAUCUGCUUCUCUGCUGAAAUAGAGUAGACAGCCCAACGCCAUCCUCAUCUCAUUCCUCGACGACCAGAAUGUACGCACGACGGCUCGCCGCUCUCCUCGGGCUCGCUGCCCUUCCCCUCCUCACUGUAGCCGAUAUGCGCCAUGAAUAUCUCACAACACGGGAUAGGCGUGCACUCGCUUCAGGCAUCGUAUACGACGGACAGAUCGCAAGCUCAUAUGAUCACGUCAUCAUUGGCGGUGGUCUUGCAGGUCUUGUCCUCGCAUCCCGUCUAUCAGAGGAUUCAAAUACAACCGUCCUCGUCCUCGAGUCUGGCGACACAGGCGACCUCGUCCGAUCACAGAUCGACGUCCCCGGGGAGGCAUACUACUCCUCCCUCCUCGGUACAACCUACGACUGGCAGUACAUGACCGUUCCACAACCGAAUGUCGGUAACCGGGCGCUCUCAUGGCCCCGUGGUCGUCUCCUCGGCGGUUGCACAGCGGUCAACGGCCUGUACAUGGUCCGUCCCUCAGCACUCGAGUUCAACGUCUGGGCGCAAUUGCAGUCCGGUGCUGCAGGCGCUGACGACUGGGCUUGGGGUAGCAUGUUCGCCGCGAUGAAGAAGAGCGAGAACUUCACUGCUCCCAGCGCGGAGGUCCAGCAGGCAGGUGCCAUCGAGUACAACGUGCAGUCGCACGGCUCUUCCGGCCCCCUCCACACCUCCUUCCCAGGGUUCAUCGUCCCCGCCGUGGGCAACUGGACCGAGACGCUCGACUGGAUCGGAGUGAACCCGUCUGCGGAUCCCGAUGGUGGCCAAGGCUGGGGCGCGUUCAUCGCGACCAGCUCGAUCAACCCGGACAACCUUACCCGCUCCUACUCCCGCUCGGCAUACAUCGACAAUCUCCCUCCUCGCCCCAACCUGGCCAUUCUCCCCAAUGCGACUGUCACGAGGCUCAUCCUCGCCCAGAACGGCUCCAGCGUGCGGGCGACCCAGGUCGAGUAUGCAGCUUACGAUGGUGCACCCAAGCUGACGGUCGGCGUGAACAAAGAGGCCAUCCUUGCUGGUGGCGCAGUUGGCUCUCCCCACGUACUGAUGCACUCCGGUAUCGGCCCGCAGAGCAUUCUCCAACCCCUUGGGAUCAGCACGUACGUCAAUCUGCCCGGUGUUGGUCAGAAUCUCCAGGACCAUCUGUCUGGCGAAGUCGUUUUCUCCACAACUGCUGAGACUGCAGCACAAUUGCACGGUUCGGAAGGUGCGAACGGCACAUCCGCGUUCAUGUCGUUCAUCAACUCUGCCAUCGCCUACCCGAAUAUCACUGACCUGCUCGGUGAUUACGCAACGACAUACCAGAGCGAUCUCCUGAAUAACCUCACUUGGGCAGCGGCAAACCUCGUCCCAUCCACUGACCCGACCAUCAUCGCCGGAUACAAGGCGAUUUACCAGUCCCAGGCGAACACCAUCCUUCCUUCGCAAGUCGGCCAGGUGGAGCUGCUCUUCGGUCUCACAGGCACAUCAUUCGGUACCAAUACCUUCUCCGUCCAGGCUGCUCUUCAGCACCCAUACUCCCGUGGGCAGCUGUACAUCAACAGCUCCAACCCGUUCGACCAUCCCGUCAUCGAUCCCGGCUACCUCACCCACCCGGCCGACAUCAUCCUCAUGCGUGAAGGGCUAAAGCUCGCACGCACGAUUGGCCAGACCUACCCACUGAACGGCAUCGUCACUGGCGAGCUAUCCCCAGGCAACUCCACCGUAUCCACUGACGCGGAGUGGGAUGCCUGGAUCCCCGGUGUGGUUGGAACAGAGUACCAUCCCUCUUGCUCCUGCAGUAUGCUCCCCCUCUCGGAGGGCGGUGUCGUCGACCCCCAGUUGAGGGUAUACGGAACAUCCAAUGUCCGAGUCGUCGAUUCUUCCGUCUUCCCCGUGGAGUUCGCCGCGCAUCUCAUGGCUCCAACAUACGGUCUUGCAGAACAAGCAGCGACGAUGAUCCGCCAGUUCUGGAACGAAGGCUACGUCCCAACGAACGGGACGACGACUGCGAGCGCAGGGUUCCCGAGCCAGACAGGCUCAGGCUCAUCCAACUCGAGUGGGACCGGUGGUGCUAAGAGUGCAGCGCUCCCCACGGUCGAAGGCAAGAGCGCAGGCCUCCUGGCGGGCGUUGUAGCCCUGGCAGUGUUACUGGCUUUGUAAUGCCCGCAACUGCUUCCUUUUUUGUUCCUGUGUUUCUAUUCUUGUUCUUAUUUGGAAAAACUGAAUGGCGGAUACCGUCGGGACGAUUUUGGACGGACCAUUUCAUUUCAUUCCACUUCUGUUCUCGGUUCUUAUUUCAUCUGCAUGACAGCCACAACGCUCGAAGCGCUCACCGCUCCCUUACAACUGCUACUAACCAAACUAACCAAAAGGACUCGAUUUUUUCUUCUUUCGCACCUCGUUCCUCGUCUGUCAUCAUCUGUUUUUGUUGUCAUCGUGCUCCGCACUCGGUCGUUCUUUUACUCACUCGAUCUUUGGACUCGUGUACGUACGAGAAAAACUUAAAUGUUCAGACGACUCGUGUUGGUGUACGAUACAAUGCAAGACAGUCGGGAAGUCAAAC